GGCAUUCUGCUCUAAACAAAACUCAUGCCAUGUCACCAGGGCUUCAGGGAGACAUGGGGCUCUUGGUGACGGGGAUCAGAGACCCCUGCCAUGAGGCAGAAAUGUUCUUUCUGCAUUUCUAUCCUCUGUUUCUUUCCCACCUCUUAGGAGAAACAAACCUCCCUGCUGUCACUGAACUGGGUCCCAUAGAAACCAAACUAACUCUUCUUGGAGACGCCUGGAUCUGGUUUGAGCCUGCCCCGGCUCCCAGACUCCUCAGAAGACCCCUCUCUGGCCACUUUCCCCGCAGGCCUUCCUAUGGACUAGAGUACCUUCCUCCUUCGGGCCAUGGGGCUUCCUCUUGGUAGCAGCUCGCCAUUCAUCCUCCAAGCAUCCCAGGAAGUGGAAACCACCUACCAGGAGGAUCAGAUUCCUGGGAGGUGACAGGGUCACCUCUGCCUCACUGCCCAUCAGCCCUCAGACCUCACCUUGGCAGGGAGAGCUGACUUCCUCUGUUUCUCAGGCCUGGGAAGGCAGUGUAAGGUGAGAUGAAGAUGGGGGAGGGCUAGGAGGAGGAACCAGGCCAGGAAAGGGGCAGGCCCGGUCCCAGAGUGGGAGGAGGAGACAGGCACUUAGGGUGUUGGCCAAAGACCACAAAGUGAGGAAGGAGAGGCGUGCAGGGAGUGCAGGGACCGAGCUAUCUCAGGCCCUCUCAGUGCCUGGGGCAGGUGGGGGCAGGGGCAGGGGCAGCUGGGAAAUAGGCCUCCCCUGGAAUUCAGAGUUGAGCUGCUGUGCAAGUGACUGGCUCCUGGGAUCUAUAAGACAACAGUGAAGACUACAAAAGGGCAAGUGCCACGCUCCAAAAGGACAGCUUCGGCCACGCACCAUGUGGUUGGCCCUGCCGCUGCUGCUGCUGCUGCCCACAGCGCUGCGCCUGAGCCUGGCAGAGCCUCCCCAGGAGAGGGUCCCUCUUUUCCGACUCAUUCAGCUGGGCCCCUGGGGAAGCGAGGCCAACGACACCACGGGCUCGCCCUGCCAGGGGCUCUUCGCCAGGGGGGCCACGACCUUGAAUCUGGCGAACCGCAGCCUGGAGCACCUGCCGGGCUGCCUGCCCCGCGCGCUGCGCAGCCUGGACGGCAGCCACAACCUGCUGAGCGCCCUGAGCGCGUCGGAGCUGGGCCACCUGCCGCAGCUGCAGGUGCUCACGCUGCGCCACAACCGCAUCGGCGCGCUGCGCUGGGACCCCGGCUGGCCCGCGGGGCUGCACACGCUGGACCUCAGCUACAACCAGCUGGCCGCCCUGCCCCCGUGCGCCCGGCCGGCGCUGGGCAGCCUCCGCGCGCUGGAGCUGGCCGGGAACCCCCUGCCGGCGCUGCCGCCCGGGGCCUUCGCCUGCUUCCCCGCGCUGCGGCUGCUCAACCUCUCCGGCACCGCGCUGGGCCAGGGGGACAUCGCUGACGCCGCCUUCGCGCCCCUGGCCUCCCUGGAGGUCCUGGACCUCAGCGGCACGCUCCUCAAGCAGGUUCAGCCGAGGUGGAUGGGAGACCUGCCCAAGCUCACAUCCCUCUACCUGAGGAAGAUGCCCGUGCUGAGGAGCCUGGAGGGGGACAUUUUCAAGAUGACCUCUGACCUGCAACAACUGGAUUGUCAAGAUUCCCUAGCACUCACCUCCGUCCAGACACGCAUCUUCCAAGACACUCCUCGCCUACAACUCCUUCUGCUGCAGAACUGCAACUUGAGUUCCUUCCCUCCUUGGACCCUGCAUUCCUCCCAGGUUCUAUCCAUCAACCUCUUUGGCAACCCCCUCACUUGCAGCUGUGAGUUGUCCUGGCUCCUCAUGGAUGUAAACAGGACUAUCCUAAGCAGGGCAGCGGACACUGUGUGCGCACCAGCCGCAGGAUCCCCCGGGGCCUUCCCCGCCCCCCUGGCGCUGUCCCAGCUGCCCAGCGUGUGCCCCCAGGACCAAAGCACCACCCUCCGUGAUUCCAGCCCACCCUCCUCUGCGGGCUCUACCCACGCGCCUUCCACCCCCGGUCCCUUCUCCCCGCUGCUGAGCACAGCCCCUUCCUCUCAAGCUGUCACCAAGGCCCCCGCCCACCCUGUGGGCACCCCCUCACGAGCUGUCGGGGCGGGGGCCGCUGCCUCCACUACCGUCUCUACAGCAGGUCCCAGGAACUCCAGCGCUGCAAGCCCGGCCUGGACAGAACACGAACCUACUGCCUCGCAUGUCCUGGACCCUAAUAUUUCAGCUGGCUCCCUCCCACCCACCAGCAAACAACGUGGUCUCCUCCCUGCCUCCCGGAACCCACUGAGCAGCCCCCGGCACUACCGGACGACCCAGGCCACCCCGCAGGCUCCCCACCCAAGUCCUUCCGAGGAUGGAAUUCCAGUCUUGGUUUUGGACGACUCCAGUGAGGAGGAGGAGGAAGUGGAGGAGGAGGAGGGGAAGGGGGAGAAGGUGAGCGCACCUCCCCAGGGCGUGGCCUGCGAUUACCACCCUUGUAAGCACCUCCAGACCCCGUGCGCGGAGCUGCAGAGGCGCUUCAAGUGCCAGUGCCCCGGCUUCAGCCAGGAAGACACCGUCCCAGACCCGCCCAAGCUGCAGGGCGUGUCGGAGAUCACAGACACGUCCGCGCUUGUCCGCUGGUGCGCCCCCAACUCGGUGGUGCGCAGCUACCAGGUGCGCUACGCUGCGGAGGGCUGGCCGGGGAACCAGUCCGCGGUGGGGGACAUCUACGCCACGGCUCGGCAGCACCCGCUGUACGGGCUGUCGCCGGGCACCACGUACCGCGUGUGCGUGCAGGCGGCCAACCGGGCCGGGCUGAGCCGGCCGCAGGCCUCGGGCCGCCGGGGGCCGUGCGCCUCCUUCACCACCAAGCCCAGCUUCGUGCUCAUCUUCGCGGGGCUGUGCGCCGCCGGCGGCCUGCUGCUGGUCAGCACCCUGGUGCUGUCCGCGUGCCUCUGCCGGCGGGGCCCGAGGCAGUGCUCCCACGCGCACCUGGUGGCCUACAAGAACCCGGCCUUUGACUACCCGCUGAAGCUGCAGACCUUCACUUAGCUCAGCGUCCCCUCCUCAAGCGAACUCGAGCUGAGGAGCUGGCUGGCUGCCUGCCUGCAGAGAAGAAGAGACCGAGGGUCCAGCACGGCCCCGUCCGUUCUGAGCCUCUGUCAUUCCAGAGAAGCUGCAAUUACUGCUCCACCACACACAGAAACUGGCCAAGCUGAGUUUUUCAGUCCAAGGAACUUCUCUCCCUGCUACUCCACUGGGUCUGUUUCCAGAAACGUGAUGGCCCACAUCAAACCACCCCUCUUGGGGCUGGGCAUUCUUGUGUGGUGGUGGUUUUUAGUAGCAAGCAGUGCUCCUCCGUGUCCAGAAUUCUGUGUGGAAGUAGGAAAAGAUAAAAGCUAUAUUCCAGCCUCCUAUAUACUGUAUUAGAAAUGACAUCUUCAAGCCGUUUUAGGAAGUUGAGGGCAUUAUACUAAGUGAAAUAAGUCCCCCCCUGGUUAAGCUGAGGCAGGGCACGAGUUUGUUAUUCAAGGAACCAACCCCAGUGGGGUUCUUCAUCUGAGGGAGAAGAGCGCUGGCUGUUUCCUGAGGCCUCCCGGAGUUUCUUUGUUGCAUUUCAGGAUAUGGCAAAACGUGCUCCUAGCUUGAUAGUUAAAACCUCAGUCUUUUCAGGCCCUUUGCUCAUUUUUAAUUGCAUUGUUUGCUUGGUGUUGAGUUUUAUAUGUUCUUUGUAAAUUUUGAAUAUUAAAAAUAUCAAAUGUAUCACUGGUGAAUAUGUUCUCCUAUUCAGUGGCUGUCUUUUCAUUUU